AUGAGGAGAUGGACAGUGAGUAACAGUGUGUCUGCAUGCUGGUCGGUGUGUGUCGUCUAUCUUCUCGCCGUCUCCGUGAUCUUCGCGUCCAGCGUCACCUGUCGCAGCGCAUGUCCCGUGCAGCGGGCGCUCAGGGUCGCCAACUCCUCGUCCGCCUCCACCUCCGGCCGGCAUGUGCGCAGCUACGUGCACCUCCAGGGAGAUGUGCGCCAGCGGAAGCUCUUCUCCUUCCAGAAGUUCUUCCUUAGGAUCGGGAAAGACGGCAGAGUCAACGGCACCAAGAGCAAAGACGAUCCCUACAGUAUUCUGGAGAUCACAUCAGUGGAUGUUGGGAUCGUUGCCAUCAGAGGUAUCGGCAGUAACCUUUACCUGGCUAUCAGUAAGAAGGGAGAACUGUAUGGAGCGAGAAACUAUGGUGUAAACUGCCGUCUGAAGGAGCGCAUCGAGGAGAACGGGUAUAACACAUACGCAUCCGCGGAGUGGAGGAACAAGAAGCGCCAGAUGUUUGUAGGUCUGAGUGCUCAUGGAAGGCCUCUGCGCGGGAGAAAAACCCGCAGGAAGAACACAGCUACACACUUCUUACCCAUACUGGUGUGACUUUUGUUCAUAAUGCUGACGGGACGGAGAGAGCUCGGUGAUAAAGACUUUGUCCACACGUGACUCUCUGUAGCG